AUGUCGGAUCGCUGGGCACCAGGAUUUGCGCCUUCGCCUAUCCGAUCGCCCAGCCAGUGGAGUCCAGCCGCAUCCGAGAUGCGUCCAAAGAAUGGAGAUCCACAUCAUUACCCCGAAGUCGUUCCCGAAAAGUCGAGAAGAGGAGUGAGUGAGCGCAACCUCGGGCGGCCUUGAUCCACGGCUCGUAUCUGGCCUCUGGGCUUUAUUUUGAUGCCCUCGCUUUUCCCUGCUCUUAGAAGACCGAGUCAAAUCCAGACACGCCAGAGACGCGUAAGUCGAGUGAUUCUUCGCUGUUCUCGCUGCCCGAGCACUUGCUGAGGCGACCAAUGACAGUUUCGCGAGCAAGCAGUAUCAAGAGCGACGCCAGCACCAUACCUUGGGCAGAUGGUCGCUAUCAUCCCGAGACUCCACGAUCACCAUUAUGGAAAUCUGCCAGCCCUUCGCCUGCCUUUGUAAAGGCAAAGGAUGCAAGCCCUGUUGCGAACGCUCCAGAAUACGAAAAAAUGAUUCGUCAGAUCUCUGGACGUAUCAAGAAUCCUCAGCCUGGAUGGCCGUUCAAUCUUCCCCAGCUGAAGCGCAUGGCGAAUGGAAAAGUUCGACCUAGGACCGAUUUUGAGAAGGCGCUCACCGAGCUGGAGAAGACGCGAGGUUGA